GAAUAGAGCCUUUCGCUUGUAUAGCCCUGCACCCCCAUUGUCGGGUAUAUAAAGCUUAUAGAUCAGAGAGAACAUAAAGAGCUGAGGAGGAAAAAGGAGAGGAAGAAGAUGGAAGGUGCUCAGUGGGACACUUUGCUCCCAUUCUUUGUUGCAGGAUUUGUGAGCUUCGCUGUGUUCUACCUCUCUAACAUCCUCUGGCUAAGGCCAGAAAAGAUCAGAAACAAACUGAGGAGCCAAGGGAUAAAGGGUCCUUCCCCUUCCCUCCUCUACGGGAACAUAUUAGAUAUGAGGAGGAUCGUCAAGGAGGAGAAGGAGACCCAAAAGGGUGGCAGUCGGCAUGUAUCAGCCAGUUAUACCUCUGCUCUGUUUCCUUACUUCAUUACGUGGAGGAAGGAAUAUGGUCCAAUAUUUAUGUACUCAACGGGAAGCAUACAACUAUUGCAUGUAAGUCACCCUGAUCUCGUGAAGGAGAUAAGCCUCUGCAAGUCUUUAGAUUUAGGGAGGCCUUCAUACAUACAGAAAGAACGCGGAGCUCUUUUUGGUCGGGGCAUUAUAGCAUCAAAUGGUGCUGUUUGGGCUCACCAGAGGAAAAUUAUAGCACCAGAGUUCUUCAUGGACAAGGUUAAGCACAUGGUGGACUUAAUUGUGGAGGCCACAAUUCCAUUUUUGGAGUCAUGGGAGAGCCUGCUUGAGAGUGAGGGAGGCACUAGAGAAAUUGUAGUGGAUGAAGAUUUAAGAAGCUUUUCAGCAGAUGUAAUCUCCAGAGCUUCUUUCGGAAGUAGCUAUGCUAAAGGUGAAGAAAUAUUUUCUAGACUUAGGCAACUUCAGAAGGCAAUGUCCAAGUCAAGCAUACUUAUCGGGAUUCCUGGCUUAAGGUAAUUUGGACCCUUCUGUUAAACUUCUUUUUAAAUGCUUAAGCAUGCUGAGACUUAACAGUCUUGAAAUAGUUCCUAAUAGAUUUUUAAUAAGCCAAAUUUAUCACUGCAA